GGGAAGAAAACCUGUCUCUUUGUGUGGGAAGAACUCAGCAGGAAAGUGAUUUUGUGAUUAUUAGAGUUUGCCAGCAAAGCACGGCUGUUCCCCUGACCUGCUCCAACAUCUCGUGCACUGUGUGUGCCUCUGCUGCCUUACAUUAGGGUCACAUAUGAGUGUGAUUCUCAAGCCGGCAAACAGCGACACCCUGGCUUCUCCUGAUGAUGAGAGCCAACGUCAGAGUGGUUUCCAUGAAUAUUGAUGUGGUGGAUAGUCUGUUUCAUAGAAGAACAGAAGGAGGCAAGAUGGCUGCCCUUUAGGAUUUGUUAAAGAGGAGAUCCAGACGGUUUGUUGGAAUUUCUACAAAGUGGAGGGACGUAAAAGGAGGACAGACAGAGGGCAGCCCUGUGGAUGGACUCUGACUAGGCCAGAUGGAAACAGAACAGACCAGACAUGAGACAGAAGAAAGUCUGAUAUUAACACAAUUUGGCACAUCUCGAAACGUCGCUCACAAAUUACAGAAUGGAGGCCAGUCUUCAGAGGGAGAUUCUCUGCAGAGCACUGGGGAUACAAACUGGAACCAUUUCAAGCCCAGCACAGGUGCCAAUUCCAUGAAGAGGCACAGCCCUGCUUCCAGACAAGGGCUAUUUGAUCAAGGAGCCUACAUAAUGAACGGAGAAUUAAUGAAUGGGGAGUUGAAGCAUGCACUCAAUGAACAGUCCUUCCUGGUCCACCAGCCCAAAAAACUUAAAAUGGAUUCUGAGAUUAAAGGAAUGGAUGACGUGAGCUCUGGUUUGGUGGACAACUUUCCCGAGUUGACAAAGGCAACAGAAUUUGAAUGCAAUGCCCCACACAGAGAGGUUACACUAGACAAGAGGAACUGUAAUUUUACACAUGGUGAUAUUUUUUGUCUACCAAGGAAUAAGCAAAUUUCGAUUCCGAACGGUGCUGUUUCACCUCCUUCAACCAUAGAACACACUCCAGGUGAUCUUUUAGAGAAAACAUUAUCUCAGUAUUACCCUGAGCAAGUGUCAAUUGCACCACAGACAUCGGGGUCACAACGAGAUGCUGUUAAUGGUUCCCUGGUAAAUAAGUUGCCCAGUGAAGGUGCUCAACAGCUGUCGUUAACCUCAGGAUUGCAUCAUCGGAUGCCCAACACACAGCAAGGCCAGUCUGUGGCAUCUGACAAUGCUGAAGGAAGCAAAAAUUACAACUCUGUCAGCUAUGUAGGGAACGGUUACUCCAACAGUUUUGGAGCAGAACACCAGCGUCCACAGCAUCAGCAGAGGCCACCUAGUUACUCUGGUCAGGAGCUGUCUCUAGGUCAACUGUCUGGAAUGAUCUCACCCACAAAUACUUCCAAUAGCUCACAACAUCAAAACGGCCCACAACGUUAUCGAGAUAAUACAAAUCGUCAAGAUAUAUAUGUAAAAGCUAACCAGGAGUUUACCCAGAACUCUCGAGAGACAGCAGAGGCAGGUUACGGACCUUUUCCCAACUCUGGGUUACAGAAGAUGGGAAAAUGUGAGGGAGGAGGGACCGGUCAAACUCAGCAUCUUAGCACAGAAGGGGGCCAUCCACAUGGAAUGCUAUCCCAGAACUUAAAACAAAAUGCUGGGAAGCCACAUGGAGCUGACAGUAUGGGACCCAUGGGGCCUAGUCUCCAGCAGCCAUUCCAUGCUGGAUUGGAAAAUAGAAUGGAGAACACCGCUAAACAGAGUGCUAACUUGCGUUCAACUCCCCAGCAGAGAGGCUGGACAGAGCUUAACUCUUCACAUGGCCUGCAGCAAUCAUCAAGUACCCCAUCAUCUCAGGCUCAAGAGCAGGAUAUGUGGAUGGGCUUCUCUGCAAAGCAUCAGUCACAGCAGCAGGCAGCUAACCAAAAGGUUCACGGCCAGAUGUUGGAAAUGAACCCAGGGCAACGACUCCAUACACAGGGAGUUUUCGAAGACAGCAGCCAGAGGACUAACAACUUCCAGCAGCAACAGCAAGACCGUCUCCCAAACCAAACACACUGUGCCCCAGCCCAGCACAUCACUGCCACUGAGUGGCAGCAUUCAAAUUCUAAAGCAUCUCCAAUGCAGCAAACUCCACCCCAGAAAAUAACUGACCAGCAUAACUUCCACCCAAAUCGGCAAGCAGAAAGCCACUAUCACACCCAAAUGCAGUCAGAGCACCUAUGUGAAGACCCCGACCUGCAAGAUAUACUGUCUUCUCGGCUUUUACCAACACAGCAACAACAGCAGCACUGUCAUCUUCAGCGCCCCCUGUCCCAUCCACCACAAUUUGAAGGCCAAGAACACAAAUCUAGCAAUUAUAGACCUAAUAGUCAGCCUCCACCAGGUCACCAGCAGCUUCAACCCAUCCAGGCAUUUAAAAACAUUUCUGCCCAGUCCAACAACCACCAUAAUCAGCACACUGAUAAUACAACAUUCAGCAGUAACUUAACAGAAAUGCAACAAUUACAACAAGAUCCAAGGAAGUAUCCACCAGACUCAGGUAGCAGUAACCUCAAGCAAUUUCACCCGCAACAGCCAAACAAUCACUGCCACCAGCUCAACAAAGACUUCCCCCAGACCUCUACACAGUCACAACCUCACUUAUCACAAGGUGCAUUAAACCAACAGGUAUCAACACAGAUGUACCUUAAAGCUGAACAGCAGAUAAAGACCUCGUGCACUCAGUUCCAAAGGGGACCUCAGUUACCUCUGGGACCUUUAAGUCCCAACGGAGACCUCCAGAGGCAUGCAGCCCUGCGUAUGCACCUGUUACAAAGGCAGGAGCGUCAAGGCCCUUCUCAUCCUCCACAGAGCACUAACGAACCCCAAAUUGGCUUCAAAGCUGUGAAAAUGGAAAACACUCAGAGACUUCAGUUCCCUGACUCACAGCAGCAGGAGCAGCAGCAGUCGCAGAUGGGAGAGACGGGGAUUGGAGGGAUUCAAGUCAAGCAGGAAAAUCAAGAAUCCCUGUGUGCGCAAAGCAAGAGACAAGGAAGCAUCUUGGCCUCUAUGGAACAAAGCCUGAGGCAGUACCAGCUUUCACCUGUGUUUGAGAAGAAAUCCCUUGUCAUUAAUACAGCUAACAAAGUCAAGGUAGAAUCUUCUGGGUCUGUUACAGUGCUCUCCACAAACACUGAUUUGAGUGGAGCGGAAUCACCUGCAGCUACCACCAAUACUAUUAAUCUAAACCACCCCCCUGAUUCCACUCCUAAAAAGGAACACCUCUUACAACGCUUUAUGGACUCUCCCAUGAAGUUGUUGAAUACCCCUAUCCGGAAUCUGCUGGACACCCCCGUCAAAACGCAAUAUGACAUUGCAUCCUGUCACUGUGUUGAGCAAAUCAGUGAGAAGGACGAAGGCCCAUACUACACUCACCUGGGGUCAGCGCCUAGUGUUGCUGGUAUUCGGGAAAAGAUGGAGACAAGGUCUGGUCUCACUGGUCCCGCCAUCAGAAUUGAGAAAGUAAUAUACACCGGCAAGGAAGGAAAAAGUACACAGGGGUGCCCCAUUGCUAAAUGGGUGAUUCGUCGAUCCAGUGAUGAAGAGAAGCUACUGGUGCUGGUGCGGGAACGUUCUGGACAUACAUGUGAGACAGCCUGCAUCAUUGUAGUAAUCCUAGUCUGGGAGGGCGUCCAGCAUAACCUGGCUGACCGUCUCUACCUCGAACUGAGUGAAACUCUAACAAAGCACGGAGCCCACACUCAGAGACGCUGUGCUCUCAAUGAGGAGAGGACCUGUGCAUGCCAGGGGCUAGAUCCUGAAGCCUGUGGAGCAUCGUUCUCCUUUGGCUGCUCUUGGAGCAUGUACUAUAAUGGCUGCAAAUUUGCUCGGAGCAAAAUUCCACGAAAAUUUAAGCUACUAGGAGAUGAUGUAAAAGAGGAAGAGAGACUGGAGCAAAACUUACAAAAUUUGGCAACCGUAUUAGGUCCCUUGUAUAAAACCAUGGCACCUGACGCUUACGGGAACCAGAUAGAACACGAACAAAGGGCUCCGGAUUGUCGUCUCGGGACGAAGGAGGGCCGUCCUUUCUCUGGGGUCACUGCUUGCAUGGACUUCUGUGCCCAUGCUCACAGAGACCUCCAUAACAUGCAGGGAGGCAGUACUGUCGUGUGUACAUUGACAAGACAGGAUAACCGCGAGAUUGGAAAGAUACCAGAGGAUGAGCAGCUCCACGUCUUGCCUCUUUAUAAGGCUUCCAACACCGAUGAAUUUGGAAGCGAGGAGGGUCAGCAAACGAAAAUGAAAUCAGGCGCCAUUCAAGUCCUGAGUGCCUUUCGCCGCCAGGUGCGCAUGCUUGCAGAGCCUGCCAAGUCCUGUCGGCAAAAGAAGCUGGAAGCUAAGAAGGCAGCGGCCAACAAGAACGCCAUGCUGGAGAGCUCAAAUGAUAAGGCAGAGAAGGCCCUCCUGGCCAAGUCAAAAACUGGCACUUAUGAAAAUUUCACACACAGCACUACUCUGGCAGGACCUAUUCCUGGUACUGUGGGAGCAACCCUACAAUCAGGUCAGCCACAACACCGCCUUGGGACACAUCCUCAGCAACUACAGCAACUGCAGCAACUACAGCAACAACAACAACAACAACAACAACAACAACAACAACAACAGCACCAGAUCAUUUUACCCCCUUACCCUGGCUCAACAAAUGCAGCCAACUACGCCAGGUUCCCCAACCACCCUAGGUCUUUUCCAAGCACUUCCAAGCCUGGCAGCUUGUAUCCUCCUCAGCCACCAACACCAACAAGCCCUUAUCCCUCCUCACUCCAUGUACCAAACUCUUACAUCAAUGGAUCAAAUCAUCCAUAUCCUGGGUACCAAUGUAAUGGAGGAAUGCCCCUUGAAAAUUACCAUCCAUACUACGCGUCAAACCCAAAGCACCUGGACAUGUAUCGCCAACAACGACCUGUGCUUUACGCAGACCAGCAGUAUGGUGCACAUCAACGUUACGAGGUCAAUUAUCCCCCAAGGUAUGGAGAGCCAGGUAUGCAGGUCAAUGGUUACAACACUUGCGGCAUGAGGCCAGUUCACCCUAUGAGACCUUACUCACCGUAUGGUCCCAAUGGAGCCUCAGAACCCCAGUUUAUGGACUCCCUGUCGAGAGCACCCUCGGUCCAUGGAGGUCUUGACUAUACAACUUCUGUAAGCAGAGGUAAUCAGUUUGGAGGAUUCCCAAGCCCAUACCUCUCUCGUAGCCCUCAGAUCUUACCCCGAGGACAAGAUCCUUACAAUAUGCAAAUUAAAACAGAGAUGGGUUUGCCUGGCCCACAGAUGCCUUCUUCUGGGUUAGGUGGUGGAUGUUUAAAACCCGAGACACAGUCAGUAUUAGGACUGCCAAAUGGUUCCAUGGGCCCUGUUAUUAAGCAAGAGCCUGGAACUCCACAGACACCCACAACACCACAGAAGCCUGAGAUGUGGUCAGACAAUGAGCACAACUUCUUGGACCCGGAUAUUGGUGGUGUGGCAGUGGCACCUAGCCAUGGUUCAGUCCUGAUCGAGUGUGCUAAGCGGGAGCUCCAUGCCACAACCCCCCUUAAAAAUCCAGACCGCCACCACCCAACACGCAUCUCCUUAGUCUUUUACCAGCACAAGAAUUUGAAUGAGGCAAAGCAUGGUUUGGCUCUAUGGGAAGCCAAGAUGGCAGAAAAGGCUCGAGAGAAGGAGGAGGAUGCAGAGAGGAAUGGUGGUGAGGGAACACCGAGCAAAGGCAACAAGAAGGGGGUGAAGCGGGAGCAUUCAGAGUCUUCAGAAUCCAAUGUGCCGCCUCCUUACAAGCGAUUCAUCCGGGCACUAAUGGAGGGGUCCUUGUCAUGCACAACUAACACCUAUGUCAACACAGCUCCAUAUGCCUUCACCAAGGUCACAGGGCCUUACAGUAAGUUUGUGUAGAAAACACACGAUGAAGUCAAUUUUAAGGUGCUUUAUUUAUGACAAAGAAAGACCUCGAGCGCCACUGGCCUCACCAAAACACUCUUACCUGUCAGUAAGGUAAACAACAGAUGAAAUCAUCUUUCACAAAAGGUCUUUCACGUAAAUUGAGCUUUACUAGUCGACCCUACAAUGGGUCUGUUUUUGUUUUGUUUGUGGGUUUUUUUUGGCAGGUUUUGCAAGUACACGGCGUCAAUUCCUCUGGUGCUUUUCUUUUGAUACAUAAGGACCUAAUUUUACAGAAAGAAAGAAACAAAGUAUUUCUUUAUUUGUGAGUGAAUUUAUGGAACUGUUUGCAAAUGACAACAUCAAUGGUGCUCAAGUGUGUCUACUAUCAUUUCUUACCUAAUUGAAACGCCUUGACACUAUAACCAGAACACACUCUACAAUUUACACUCAAUUACUUCUUUCAACUGGAUACUGAAAACAUCAUCACCAUGCUUUGUGGCAAGUGUUUCUUACUGCAGUUUUUUUUUUUUUUAAUUAAAUUAAAAAUGUAAACAUUUUAGAAUUAAUUUAUUUCAUACAAUUUGGUUAUACUGAUUUGCUGCAUUGGCAGAAAAAUGAUUUCCAAGUAUAAAGAUGAAACAUCCAAGACAAUACAUGUAACAAAAGGUUAGGGUUCGCUAACCAAUGCAAAAAAGAUUUUUAAGGACUAUCAUUGUGUCGGUGCUUCUUUCACUUUCCUAUGUCAUUUUUACUGUAAAUUGAGCCAUACUACAUGGUGCAUUUUUAACAUUUUUAGAAAAAAGCUGGUGUUUUAGUUUUUUCCAGGUUUACCAUGUUAUCAGUGACUGUUUUAUGUAAAUUAGUGGGGGUUUAUUGAACAGCCCUGGAUUGUGAAUAUUCAACGUAGUUUUAUGUCUUUUGUGCAUAGUAAAUAUGC